CUGUCUUCAGUAUGUGUAGAGGCUCCAGUGCACCGCCUGCUCUCUCUCGGUGGAAGACCGCGUCCGAGCGACACCCCGUCUCCGCUCUUACCUUACUCACUUAACCCAAGUGCCAUGGAGGAAUCAAGUAGUUGACGUUUCCUGCUGCAACCUUCUCUUUUUUAAGCUUUCUUCCCCGUCCGAUCACUGCACCCGGUUUGUCGACGUUUUUGAACUCUCUUCGGCGACUUUUUUUUUUACGAGCUUUAACCAACCCGGAAAAAGAAACCAUGAAGUACAUCAUCGGCAUCGGCGGAGUAACCAAUGGAGGGAAAACCACCCUCACCAACAGGCUGAUCAAGAACCUGCCCAACUGUUGUGUGGUACACCAGGAUGACUUCUUCAAGCCCCAAGAUCAGAUUGAAGUUGGUGAAGAUGGCUUUAAGCAGUACGAUGUCAUUACUGCUUUGGACAUGGACGCCAUGAUGAGUACGAUCUACGCAUGGUUGGAGAACCCGGUGAAGUUUGAGAAGUCUCAUGGCGUUAAUAACACCCUGGAUACAGAGAUUGUCCCAAAGUCUGACCACAAGGAGGAUGAGGAGACUCACAUCCUUAUUGUGGAGGGCUUCCUGCUUUACACCUACGGACCUUUGAUCGACGUGCUGAACCAACGCUACUUUAUUUCCAUCCCAUAUGAAGAAUGCAAAAAGAGGAGGUGCUCUAGGAACUACGCGGUGCCAGACCCCCCCGGCCUGUUCGAUGGCCACGUCUGGCCCAUGUAUCUGAAACAUAAGAACAUCAUGGAGACAUCAAGUGUUGACAUCUUGCAGCUAGAUGGAACCAAGUCAAAGGAACAGCUGUUCAACUUUGUCUACGGCGACAUCCUGAAUAACAUCCAGAAGUCUCUUUAACAAACAAAGGUCAUACGAUCGGCUAAAAGUAGCAUAUACUCAGCCUGCAAGCAGAAGACCGCCUUGCCUUAAGUUUUCUACCUGGCAGCUCAUUUAGCUGACUGCUAUGAUUUUUUUGAAAAUGUACAUUUUUAACUGACGGCAUCAAAUGCUGGCAUGACUUUUAUAUCGACCAUAUUUAUUGCUUUGUUACAGCCUACACUCGAAACAGUUGAUGGACUUGUUCAGAGGAUGAUUGCACUCAGUUGCAUAUGUCAAUAAAUGACCUCCUACCGA